AGGCUAUAGACCUAUUUAAGACACAUUUGUAUUUUGUUGUCUGUGGUUUGGCUUUCACAGUUUUAUUUUUAAAUGUUAACUAGGUUACUGAUGAUGACAGACCUUUAGUUCAUAAACAGCAAAAUAAUAUAGUAAAUCCAGAGUGACAUAUCUGCACAUCAUAGGCCUAUAUGAAUAAUUAAUAUGAAGCUACAUUCUUCUUUGCACUGGCUUUAUUAUUUAAAAAACACUGAAUUAUAACUCGUAUGUCUUGACUUUGUUCUGCACUACAUGUUCCCAUCACAGACUGUAAAAAAAUAAGUGGGAUAAGCUUUGAUCUGAAAAAAAAAAACAAAAAAACAGCAAAAGAUGUUUUAAGCUUUUCAGUGUUUUUCUUUUCCUGAAUGGCUUUGAUUUGUCUGCUGCAGAUGGACACAGCCUCUGAUAUCGGCAAUGUUCCAAUCCAAACAGAUCUGAUUGCAGUCACAUUAAAGUCUAAUGGUAUGAGGGGAAGUAAGAGUGAGCGCGAGGAGGAGGAAGGUCUGCGUGACGUUCACUUUCCUUGAAGGUGAGAAAGUCUAUUAACAGCUGGUGGAGGAUUAUCAGGUUCAGACCGCCACUCCCUGGAGGACAAAAUGUACACACAUUUCAUAAAAACUACACUUGGACCAGUGAUGAACAGCAAGAUGACUCCAGCUGAUUCAUAAGAUCUAGUAAAAGAUGGGAGAACAUGACUGGCUUCCACAAAUUUUUAUUCAAUUCCACAGGAGGAUGUGAUGUUUUACCUGCUUUGAUUCUGAUUUUGAUGGUCUGCUUUUUACUAAGCAGUGUCUAUAAAUGGAUUUUUGAGGACUAAGGAUGUUUUAGGAUUAUUUUAUGCAGAUCUUCUACUCUCUAGCAUUUUUGACAACUUCAAACCAUGAUCCACUCUUAGGGUCAUGACAGAGGACCGACAUAGGACUUUAGAGACAGAAACUGAUUUAAGAGGGGAAAACUUCCUGGAUUACAUAUACGGUGACCUACCUUUUUGACCCUGAAUGCGGGAUGCAAAGCUUUUCCAAGGAACAUUAAGCUUUUGAUACGUCUCUGCUGCCCCUCCUGGUUUUGUUGGGAGUGCAGCAUGGAUCUGUCCCAGGACCAGCAGUCUAGCUGGAGCCCAGUCCAACCCAGCUUCUCUCCCUUUCUGCAGUACGACAGCUCUCAGGAAAACUUCAACAACACAAACAACCUCAACAGCACUGUUAUGCUGUCCUCCACUUUCAGCUCACCAGCUACCUCCAUCCACCAACCCCUGCCCUCUCUGCUGCCCUCCUCCCUCAUCCCUUACUCCUCCCUUAUCUCCUCCCCUUUAUUCUCCACCUCAACCCUAUCAUUUCAGCAAAUAUCCACUUUUGUUUACCAGCCCUCUGCUUCAUCCUUCCCUUUCUCCCUAUCUAGCUUUUCUCCCAAUGACUUAGCCAACCUGGAGAAAAUGCUGCUCUGGACUCUUCACGAGCCCAGUACCAUCGCUCUCACAAUCAUGUACUGUCUUUCUUUUUUUUUGGGAUUUGUCGGGAAUUUAAUGUCCCUGCGCGCCCUCACCAACAGACGCAGCCGGCGGCUAGCCGGUGUCAGUGCGACCCGUAAUCUCCUUGUGAACCUCGCGUUGUGUGACCUGGCUGUGGUGUGUGUGUGCAUGCCUAUCACCCUGGGAAACCAGAUCUACACCGCCUGGGUGUACGGGGACCUUCUGUGUCGAGCUGUGCCAUUCACACAGGCUGUUUCAGUCUCAGCCAGUGUUUUAACCCUGACGGUGAUCAGUGUGAAUCGCUACUACAGUGUUCGAUCACCACUGAGAGCUCGAUCCAUGUUCACCCGCCAUCGAAUCUUGGCGACCGUGGCUGUGGUCUGGGUUGUUUCUUUUAUCAUAUGUGCUCCCAUAACGGUUAUGAAUCGACGACGGGAGAUCAGCUUUGGGACAUUUGCCAUCUUGGUGUGUCAGGAGGAGUGGCCUCAGCACCGCCUCAAACAGGGAUAUAAUGUGCUGCUGUUUGUGAUGCUCUACUGCCUGCCUGUGGCGUUUAACCUCACCAUAGGUUUCCUAACUGGCAGGCGGCUUUGGGGAGGAAAGAAAUCUACUUUUGCGGAUCUGGAUCCUCGCAGCCAAGCUCUGCAUGUGUCCCGCCUCAAAACGCGCCAGAAGAUCGCUAAGAUGGUUGUGUGUCUGGUGCUGCUGUUUGCAGUGUCAUGGCUGCCCCUCUACUUGGCUGACCUUUGGAUCGACUAUGAUCAAAGUCAACCAUCUUGGCUCCUGCAGACACGGCCGUUUGCCCAGUGGCUUGGUCUGACAAACUCCAGCCUUAACCCCAUCUGUUACUGUUUCAUAGGGGACCUGUACCGCUCAGCGAAGGUGAUACGGACGAGAUACUACCAGAAAGUUGCGUCCCUCUUCGGCUCCUCCUCCUUCACCAGCUCGGUUACAGUGACGUCUUCUGUCGCACGGAUUUCAGACACAAGAGUGACGUAUGCUGAGCGCCACCACAUUGCUGCAGCUGUGGCAGCGUCUGCGUCCAUUGUGACUGUCCCCAGGUUGUUGAACCUGGCCAGAGUCCAGGGGCUAGGGCAGAGGGUCGGAGACAGUUCAGACAGCCAAGCGGGAUCCGACCACAGUAUCUCAGACUGGUGUCGCUCCAGUCCCAGCGUGUGCGACAGCUCUUUGUUCCCCUGCCAGCUGCACACACUUCAGAACUCCAUGCAGAAAACAGAAUUCCUGCCCAUGAGAAGACACUCAGUGAAUGACAACGCAGGAUCAUUACCUUUAAGAAUGGAGUGUGUGGAAAUAGACAUUCUGCCUUUAAGGAGUUAUUCAGGGGACAUAAUAUAUGGUCCGUCAAACGAUAAGAGAGACAUUAUUACCAUGGGCAGAGACGCUCUGUGUUACACCCUGCAGCAUCAGAGCAAAACAUUACACACCGACUCUUUGGUAGGAGACAGGGAGGAUGAAACGCUCGACAUGACCAGCCUGUGAAAGCUACAGAUUAACUCAUACUUUAUAUCAGCAGGGAUGACUUUUUUCUUCUUUGUCACAGACAUGCACACGCACACACACACACACACACACACACACACACACACACACACACACACACACACACACACACACACACACACACACACACACACACACACACACACACACACACACACACACACACACACACUCCUGAUUCACAGUUUGUAGUUGGCAAUAUGAGUUAAUCCCUCAGAAAAGCCACUGUUUGACUUAAGGCUAAACUGACCUGGUCUACACUCUCUUUCUGUUCCUGUGUUGUUUUCUCUUUGUGUCCAGGAAAGCACAGGGAAUCCAGGGCAGAUGUUUGCAACAAUCAGAUCAGGUUUUGAAGGUGGGUGCAGGGAGCGGCGCUGGAGUAAACUCUGCAGGGGAAGAGCUGGAGUGUUAUUUAGCCCCAGGCUCGAAAGCCAUUCAUCAGUAAAAAGGAUAGUGUAGCAGCAGUGCACCAUCACAUGCAAAGCACAUCAUAAGUGAUUCAAUUGCUCGUCACAGCUUGAUCUAAUUUCUGCUUAAAACAAUAACACAGCAGGAUUAAACCGCAUUAAAGUGUCUCUACUGACGUAUUUGCCUUUCUUUCUUUCUUUCUGCUUUGCUGUUGCUUAAGGUUGUUUUUGAUACUUACUAAAAGAUCAAUUCUUGUUGCAAUGUAAUGUAGGCACAUUGAUGUUGUAUCACACAGAUAAAGCCUGUGCCAAGCGUGUCUGACACGUCUGUGCUGGAUAAUGUCACAAUCAGCGUCUGCAGUCUGUGAAAAAAAAUCAUACAGACACAGCAUUCAUGCGUUCAGUCCAAAAAGAACUUUAUGGAAAAUUAUGCAGAUAACAAACAGCCAGCAUACAGUGAAUGGUUUUCUUUAGCUCAUGAUAAGUCUGUAAUGUCUGAUUUGAAAUAUAGGCAGGCGCCCAAAAAAAGGUCAGUUCACCCUAAACCUCAACAGAAAACAAAAACAACCUAUAUUGUCACCUUAAUGGUUUCUAACCAUGGUCAUAAUUUUGGUGAAUUAUUUCCCGAGUGUCUUAGUUCAUGUUAACUCCAGAGCUGACGUCUUAUUCUGUACCUCUUGCAAGCAAAUGGCUUUGUUUUUAGGUUUGCAUCUGCAGCAUCAGAAAUCACCUUCAUUUGCAAUAAGUUUUUUUUUCAGUGUGUAUUGUGGUGUUGUGCUUUGUUUUUGUUUAACAUGAUAUUGUCCUCCUUCUCCUCCU